AUGAAGGGGAAAACCUUGGAGACCUUCACGGAGGAAAUGCACACUGCCUUUGAAGCGAGUCUUCAUUUGGAUGCUGGAGCAGAAGGCCCUGAAGUGAAGCUGCCUUGUCCCCUUGCCAUGUGGGAGCUGGGCCACUGUGACCCUAAACGUUGUACCGGCAGAAAAUUAGUUCGCAAAGGUUUUGUGCGCAACCUUCGUCUUAAUCAGAGAUUUAAUGGACUCAUCCUCAGCCCAAUGGGAGUCAGAUAUGUGACCCCAGCAGACAGAGAGAUUGUGGCUCAGAAUGGAUUAGCAGUGAUUGACUGCUCUUGGGCUAAAUUGGAGGAGACACCUUUUAAUAAAAUGACUGGAACACAUCCAAGGCUGUUGCCGUACCUUGUAGCUGCAAAUCCUGUCAACUAUGGCAAACCCUGCAAGCUGUCUUGUGUUGAGGCGUUUGCAGCCACGUUCUGCAUUGUAGGCUUUGAAGAAUUGGCUGUUCUUAUACUGAAGAAAUUUAAAUGGGGGAGGGUCUUUCUGGAGCUAAAUAAAGUUCUGCUUCAGCGUUAUGCCGCCUGUCAAACAGAGGAGGAGUUGCUGACGGUAGAAAAAGACUUUCUCACAUAUAAACCUCCGGAGGAUGAGUUUGAUCCAUUUGAUGUCAACUCGGGGGUAGAAUUUGGAAAUCUGAACAGACCUCAAUGCACAAGUACAGAAGAUGACUCGAGUGAGGAAGACUCUUCAGAUGAAGAGGAAGAUGAAGAGGAAGAUGAAGAUGAAGAGGAGGACAGAAAACCAUCAAAUGAAGAUGAACGACUGGGGGAACAAGAAGAUAUUAAACUUCAGGAUUGUGAAUAA